AUGAGCCUAGUUGAAGCCAUUGAUGCGUCAAUCGACAAAAGACAUGUUUUAAGUACUUGGAUAUUGGAAAAUUUUGGAAUCUUAUCUACUCAUGAUACAACAAAGAACAAUCCCACAGACGUGGCUCAUGUGGAAAAACUGUAUAGUAAUGCUAACGCGUUCUUGACGUAUCUGCCCACCACUGAUGCAGUAAAAGAGAUAUAUUCUCAUUAUCUGUUUUUGAGGUUUUCCCAGCUCUACUGUCUAACCCUUGAACGAUCUAAAUCAGAAGCACCGGGAAGAAUUUUUGACUCUGCAGACCUCUUGACAAACAUUCUAGUUGAGGAGGAUGUAAGUGUUAAGCCGAACGAUUCGCCAGACAAAAAGGAUAAGAAAAAGAAAUUGACUAAAAAAACAUACGUGUUCACUCCAGCAAAGGAUAUGGCUGUGACUAUUCUCACUCAAAUUUUCGAGACAUUUGGGAAGGAUAUCACCUCGCUCAUUCCACUUUUACUUUCCGUUCUGUUCAAAAACCUGAAGAAAGUUAUUGAAAAGCCUAAAUAUAAUCAUGCGACAUACAUGGUGUCCCUUCAACGACUCUUCACUGCUGUUAUCAAGCAGGCUAACUCCCUGGAUACAGCUGACGUCCAUAAGUUUAUCAAAUUUUCAAAAAAGGUCUUUGAAUCCAUUUAUACCAAUGAAGAAAACUUUCCGGUGGAUUUUGUAUCGGCCAUGAUUGACUCUUGGAAUAUAAUUUUGACGCAAGACUCUUUUAUCAAGGAACAUCGCGAGAAUAUUUCAGAUAUCAUAUAUUCCAAAUUUCGGCAUGAAGAGUUGGGUAUUUACGGCUUUGCAAACGACCAUUCUAGACCCCACACUGCCAAAUGCCUAGCUAACGUACUUUUUGACUAUUCUUGCUCAAAGGGAAUAUUGACAGCCCAGGAUGUUUUUGGAAUUUAUGUUAAAAUAUACACACACUCAACGACAAGAGAUGUGAAAGCUGGCUGCUUUGAGUCAUUGGUUCAGUUUCUGAUGCUCAACCUGACUGUAGAUCGGCACUUUUUCAAAGAAUGCGGCUAUUUGGACGUCCUUGUGGAAGUCAGUUCAAUAUUAUGUGUGCACCACACUGAAGGGAGAAAAGUAGGAACUAUUUCCAGAUCGUUGAAGCUUCUCGUCGGCAUGCACAAUCUUCUGUUACCAUACGUGAGUGAAGCAUCAAAGGUCCAAAUGGUAAUGAAAUUGAUCGAUAUAAAAUCGGAAUGCACAGGUUCAUACAAUGAAGGAUUUAUGCAACCAAAUUUUUUGAUGGACGAAAACACACAUAACCAGUGGUAUACAAUAAUCAAACUGGAUCUACUGGAAUGUCUCCUCUUAGAUCUAUCUUCUGUUUACACCAACGACCCCCAACUGACACAGCUCCUGAAGGAUAAGCUAAUGGAAAUGUGCACUGCAGACGUGUUCGCUGUUCGGGUAUGUGCGAACAGGGUUCUAAACACAUUUCUCACUGGCUCCCCGCAGUAUAUUGCGGAGGUUAUUGAAACGUCGCUCGGACAGUUGAAUUCAGGGUUUCAGCAAAAGGAAAACUUUCCGUACUCAACGUUACACGGGUGUUCUCUUCUAAUUGCGAAUUCUAUGGAUAUUGCCGAUAAAAACUACGUGCCGUAUGACCUGAUAAUGCGAGUCACUGUAUUUGCUACUUCAUUUAUAAAGAAUAGCACAACCACUACCACAGGGGAUAAUUACUUCAAGGGACUAGUGUGCUGGAUUCUAAUGAUAGGUCUGAUGAAUUACAGUGAUGAUUCCUAUUUGAAAUUGCAAACAGCUCAGUUGUUCCUUUUCUGGAAAGUUCUCCUUACACACUCAUUUACAUACCGUAAUGAGGAAGAGCUUGUCAGGAAUUUGGAAAUCAGGUCUCACGCCUUAGCGUGUCUUUUGGCAUAUCUGAACAAUGCGUCGAUUGAUAAAGAAAUGGCAAAACAAGUAUCCUACUUGUUAACAAAGUGCUCCAAUUUCAAUCAUUCAGUAUCACUAAAGUCGCAACUUGUUGACCAAACAUUGCUGAACAACGAAAAAAGGAUACUACAAGUCUAUCUGAAGGUUAAAGAUUAUAUUAGCACCGAUUUCAACAGCUCGUUACUGAUUUUGAUUAUGAAAAACUUUUCGGACCCUAAUCUAUACAUAGAGUCGUCGACUACUAUUCUGGAAUCUAUGAAAAAAAUGAGAAAAAAGAAAGACCCAGAAGAUUCUCAGAAGGAAAAAGUGUUUGAUCUGACUGUUGACAGUAUCCUCAGGCAGCAAAAUGGAUUUGCAUUUGGACUGUCCAGCAAAAUAUCGAAAUCGGGCAUUUAUAAUUUGAGUUUACAUGAAGUGAAAAGUGACCUGGCACUCAUAGGGGGGGCGUGGUUUUUCAACAAACAGGAUUGGCAUCGUGCUUUCGAGGACGAGGUUUUUACACCCAUCUCCACCUGUUUGACGAACGAUUCUUUGGUGCUGUUAUACGGAAAACUUUCGUAUGGAGCCGGUGCAUUGUAUUUGCCAAAAACAACCACUUCCUUAAUUGACUUUUCCAUGGAAUUAUUCUCAUCUGUUUUUCCUUACCUGAAUGAUAAAAUCCAGUACUCGGUAAUAGAGAAUCUAAAUUUGUCACUGUUUUCGAAGGCAACAACACCCUUGAGAAGUGUUGCCAUUGCUGCCAAUAUUUGCUCAGCGCUCUAUACUGCCCUGGAAAUAAUUGAAGAUAAGAAUUUAGCUUUGGAGCCGUCAGUUGGAAAUUUGAUCAUAGAAUCGUUCCGCAAGCUUGAUUUCACAAAGGAUAUUUUUUUGACCAAUUUGAACGCAACGUCCAUGGGAUUUGUUACUGCUGCGGUAGGCAGAAGCUUAGAUCCGGAUUCAAGGAGAAAGUUUGUGGAAGACCAGGUUAACAUUCACAUAAAAAAUCUUGUUGAAAUCAAUGACCCUCAUUCACGAAUGUUUUUCGUACUUUCGUUGGCGUCGAUUUACAAAUACAACACCAAUUAUUCUACCUUUAGGAUUAUCUACGAUGUUAUUUUUACAUUAGCGAAGGAUCCCCAUGCACUGAUACACACCUGGUCACUGAGAGCCAUGUCCAUUUUAUUGGAGAAACACCUCGUCAUUGAUAUGACUAGCACCUGCAGUUUGUUGGCUGCGACACAAGAGUUUCUGGUCAAUCCUGAAUACGGGAAAUAUGGUCCUUCUGUCCUAAGAUAUAACUACAAUAUGGAUUACGACUCCUAUGUCAUUAUUGCUGAUAUUGUCAGGGUUCUUACGGAAAAGGUUGGCCCUAGCCUCCUGGAUAUGGACGAAAAAGUUACACAGACUUUCAAAAACAUCACAAUGAGUUCGUUGCUAACAGAUAACCAGGCAUGCAAUCUACAAAGUUUGAAAAUAUAUGAGAACGUCGCGACUUUCAAACUUACGGGAUUUUUCCAGGACACACUAUUCAUCAAGAGCAUGAAAAGUACGAUCUCACAAAGUUUACUGUUGGGAUUUGGUUCGUCCUAUUUCAACACCGAUUUUGUUAUCCCGACAACUAUAUCUCCUAGGUUAGCUAAUCCAGAAGCUGCCCUGGAAUGUUUCCGCAUUUUCACUCAACUUUUCAAAUUAGGGAAGAGAGAAUUAUUUGUUGCUAGUAUUGAAAGUUUUGCCUGGAGGUACUUGUCUGUUUUUCCUGCCUCCAAAGCAAUCAAAUCUUACUUUUCGGAAUGGCUCUUACACGCCAAGGAGGACGAAAAAUGGAUAGAAAAGUUAUAUACAAUGUUCAAUGUUUCGACUGAAAAGUUAUUUGAUGGUAUCUUUAAGCAAUUCGAAAGUCAAUACGAUAGUCGAAACAAUGUUGAAAAAGAAACUAUUGAUCCAGAACAGGAGACAAUAUCCAAUAUUCAAGGAAAUAUGGACAGGGAAAAGAAUGCCGAUACUGUUCAAUGGAAAACCAGGAAAAUACUUCUCAGUCUUAUCAGCAAAUUGCUAAUCAGCAUUUCUAAUAAACCAGGCUUUUCGUUAUUACUUCUACAAAACUUGACUAAUCUAGUUAGUCUAUCUUUUCAAGCUGUUAUAUCCAGGAUCGAAGAGCUAAAUAUGUACGGUUUGGAGAUACUACACUUGAUUUUAAAACACUUUUCGACAGAGAAGGAACAAAAGAUAAAAGCCCUAUUGGUACAGGAAGAAGCCCAAAUCACGAGUUCCCUAAUGGCUGUCUUUCAUAAGGGUGCAUCUCCAAAAGUUGUUUGUAAGGCUAUUGAUAUUGCUGCCGAUGUGAUUUGCUUCAAGAUAUUUCCGGCUGGCGAUCAGAGUAGACUCACACACCUUUUGAUAAAAAUGUUGGAGACCUUAAAAGAUGAUUUUAGCACCAUAACAGUUGGAGAAACCGAACUCAUCACAAAGAGUGCAAAAAGGAAAGUAGAGCUGAAUUUUUUGAAUGGGUGGUCUAAAAUUGUGCAAGAGGCUGUUGCUUCACAUGACGUUGGAAUGCUGGAAUUCACCGUUCCAUAUCACAGCAUACUACUGCCCUUGUGGAUCAUCUCAUUACGUGAAUACAUGCUUACCAAGUACGGAAAUUUUGACUUUGAUACAACAAGUGUAAACGGUGCAGCAAAUGACCAAGCGGAAUCAAGGAGCACCAAAUUAGAACUGUACGAUUCAGUUUGGUUAAACUUUGUGAAGGUGAUUGGUUCCUUUUUAGAUCUUGACAGCGAUUCACUGUCCAUAUAUUUGAGUGACGACGAGUUGGAAAGUUUUAUGUUCAUGCUGUUUGCCCGUUGUCUGGAAGAAAUAACUAAAUCGUCUGACGAAAACGCUUACAGGAUUAAUCUUCUCCAAACAUUGCAUAACUUGAUGAAAAGUCAAAUGCUUUUGAAGCUUUUAUUGCAGGACCCAGUAUUCGAGGAAUUUACAAGUUUGUUUGAACGGUUGAUCAUUACUGGUACUGUUGAGGAAAAAUCAGAAGUAGUUUUUUCUUUGGAUACGGUCAUUCAUGGUUACAACAAGAUAAACGCAUCACCCGAAACAUUUUUAGGCAGUAUUGACAAACUUUACGACGCGAUAAGACUAGUUCUGAUGGUUAUAACACACAUUCUACCAUUUGUGGAAUACAGUGUUUCUGGUUUCGAAUCGACUGAAAAUGAUAUUCAUUUGGGCCCAGAAAAUGCCAAGCUCCUCAAAUAUUGUUUUACUGUUAUGGAUUCCACAGUUUCAGAUUUUGAAGGUGUCUUCAAACUCGAUCUAUAUGCCUGUUUGCUCUUCCUUAUUGGAAAGAUAUAUCAGUCUGCUGUGUGUAAUGAGGUAGUACCUAUAAUUCUACCGCUAUUGAAAUCCAUCACCUCCGGGCUCAAAAAUAAUGGUGAGGAAUCCAAUCUGCUAUACAUUCUUUACAAGUGUAUCAGCGGCGAAUUUGGAAAAACAGUGAGCGACGAAAACAGUCUUGCAACGCUUUUUGUACUUCUGACGGGUGGGUUUUCUGGAUUCCGCAAGGCUGACAUUGACGGGAUCAGCCAAUACAUUAUUUCGUUGCUAGAUUCAGGAGCACAUCAAGAAAUGAUUUAUCAAGGGGUGAAAAGGGUGAUAGAGACGUCAUCAAAUAGCGAUACCUCUAGACUUGUACUGAGACCAAUUAUUAGUCACAUGGUUACCGUUACAGGCGAGUCCAAAAGCAAUUUGAACUCAACACUGGACAUACUACUGGUCGUUUCAAAAUCGAUAAAAGAUGAUUCUGAGAAGGUUGCCUCUUUGUUUAGUAUGUCGUUGAUUCUUAUUUUCGACCAUUUUGACGGGAAGAUUUUACCUGAACAUAUCAGUGAGAAAAUCAUGGUAUUGGCCGAAAGAGACUCUAUGUUGUUUCAGCGUGCACUUAGGUCAACAUUAAACACCAAACAAAUAGACAUUUUACGGUUGUCUGUGCAGGAGAUUUUGAGUUAUGAUAGCUCGAUGGGUUCCAAGGACAAUAACACUCUAGAACUAUUUAAGUAA